ACUGCUUCUACGUCCAUGUGCAUCUUCUGACAAAUCACGUGAUGAGCCUAUGACUUCUGUCAGGACUGUCAUUAUUAUUAUUAGUGAUUUCCACUGUCUGAAAUGUGAUUGUAAUCUUAGUGCUGCUGUACCUUUUGUUAACUAAUACUUUGGACCAGCAAAUGGAACAAAGACUAAGCACAAUUCAGGAUAUUACCCUGAUAUUACCCAAACAGUUCUAGUAGCAUACAAAAUGGCUAACAGCUGACCCACAGGGCAAUUUCUUUUCCCUCUCCAGAGGUAACAUGUCCUCGGCCACCAAACAUUGCCAAUGGGCUACACAGCGGACAGUCCAUGGACAAGUUUCACCUUGGAGUGACCGUGUACUACGGCUGCAAGGAUGGCUACGAGCUGAUUGGGAACGUGUCCAUCAACUGCACGGAGAGCAGGAUGUGGAGCAAGCCCGUGCCCCGCUGCGAAGCCAUCGGCUGUGUGACACCCGAGGUGCAGAACGGGAAGGUCCAUGGGCUGCAAAGCUCCUACAAAGCUGGAGAGACUCUUCACUUUGACUGCGAUGCCGGUUACGCUGCAGAGAACAGAUAUGAGACCCAGUGCCAGCCCGGGGGGACCUGGGAUCCUCCAGUGCUCCUCUGCGAGAGGGUCCGGCCAUGCCCCAUGCCUCCGCAGAUCGCCAAUGGACACCACAACAGCCAGGACAAAGCAAAUUUUACCAUGGGAAUGUUUGUAACAUACACCUGCGAUCCUGGCUACCACCUUGUGGGAAAUGCCGCUGUGUUUUGCAGAGUGUCGGGGAACUGGAGCCAGCCCGGCCCUCGCUGUGAAGAGGUGAUGUGUCCUCAGCCAGCAAAUAUUGCCAACGGGCUGCACAGCGGACAGUCCUUGGACAAGUUUUCCCGGGGAGUGACCGUGUACUACAGCUGCAAGGAUGGCUACGAGCUGAUUGGGAACGUGUCCAUCAACUGCACGGAGGCUGGGGUGUGGAGCAAGCCCGUGCCCCGCUGCGAAGCCAUCGGCUGUGUGACACCCGAGGUGCAGAACGGGAAGGUCCAUGGGCUGCAAAGCUCCUACAAAGCUGGAGAGACUCUUCACUUUGACUGCGAUGCCGGUUACGCUGCAGAGAACAGAUAUGAGACCCAGUGCCAGCCCGGGGGGACCUGGGAUCCUCCAGUGCUCCUCUGCGAGAGGGUCCGGCCAUGCCCCAUGCCUCCGCAGAUCGCCAAUGGACACCACAACAGCCAGGACAAAGCAUUUUUCACCAUGGGAAUGUUUGUAACAUACACCUGUGAUCCUGGCUACUACCUUGUGGGAAAUGCCGCUGUGUUUUGCAGAGUGUCGGGGAACUGGAGCCAGCCCGGCCCUCGCUGUGAAGUGACUGUCUGCAUAAAUCCGUAUAUAGCGAAUGGAAGGCAAGUUGAAGCUCAAGGACUUAUCUCCGCACCUGGGGAAAUGGUGACAUUUCAGUGCCAUGAUGGUUACAGCCUGCAAGGUAGUGCUCAAGUCUUCUGCCAGGAGGAUGGCAGCUGGGACCCUCCUGUCCCCGUCUGUGAGAGACUGCACCAUUACCAGGAGCUCCUAAACAGUCCUGAACUUCCAGGUGGUUGUGGUGCUCCUACAAGGUUACACUUUGCUGAGCUAAAUGAGGAGCAUAAAAAUGAGAUUGAUUUUUCUGUUGGGAAGACUGUGCAAUACACUUGCCGACCUGGAUAUGCUAAACGCCCAGGAAUGUCACCUACUAUUACAUGCCUUGAGAGCGGAGUGUGGUCAGAAGCACUAGAGUUCUGUAAAAGAAAACAAUGCAAUCAUCCUGGUGAACCUGUGAAUGGGAAAAUUAUUUUCCUAACAGAUCUCCUGUUUGGGUCAACAGUGGUCUACGGCUGUGAAGAAGGGCACAGGUUAAUCGGACGAUCCAGCAGACGAUGUGAGAUUUCUGGUGGACGUGUUGCAUGGAGUGGCAACGUUCCCAUUUGUCAGCGUAUCCCUUGUGAGCCGCCUCCGGACAUUCCCAAUGGGAAGCACACGGGCAGGCUGCUGGAUGAAUUCCACUUCGGGACGUCUGUAACAUACACCUGCAACCCCGGGUACCCGCUCCACGGAGAGCCCUCCAUCCACUGCACCACCUGGGACGGGAAAAACGGCGUGUGGAGCGGGCCCCCGCCGCGGUGCGGAGAGGCAAGAUGUCCUGUCCCACGGGUCCAGAAUGGGAAAAUUGUUUCUCCUAAGAAUGCCUACACGCACAAGGACACCAUUGCCGUUGAGUGUGAGCCAGGCUAUGUUCUACAUGGCCACAGAGUGGUACAAUGCCAACUAAAUAACACCUGGGAGCCCCCCGUGCCAGCCUGCGAGCAAGGCAAGUGUUCAAACAGUGCUUUGAACAUUAACCUUCCCCCUGCUCUCCCAAAUCUGCUUUUUCCUGAUGCCUUUAACAACCGGGCUGGCUCAUCUUUCUCGGUAGCUGGUUGCAGUGCACCUGCUAGACUGGCGUUUGCCGAGCUGAAGGAGCCGUACAACAACCAGACCGUCUUCCCCGUGGGGAGGAUGGUGGAAUACGUGUGCCGGCCUGGGUACGCCCGGCACCUGGGGAUGCCGCUGGCCAUUACGUGCCUCAGGAAUCGGACGUGGUCUGCGGCGCCGGAGUUCUGUAAAAGGAAGCAGUGUCCUAACCCAGGGGAUCUGGAGAACGGCAGAGCUGUUGUCCUGACAGACCUCCUCUUCGGGUCCAAAGUUAAUUACACUUGUGACAAAGGGUACAAGUUGGUUGGAGGUUCUCAGAGAACAUGCGAGGUCUCUGGCGCACGUGUCUCGUGGAGUGGAGAUGCUCCUGUCUGCCAGCGCAUCGUCUGCGAUCCGCCGCCGGACAUCCCCCACGGGAGACACAGCGGGCUCUUGACGGUCACCUUCUCCUACGCGGACGUGGUCACCUACACCUGCGAGCCCGGGCACUCGCUGGUUGGAGAGCCUUCCAUCUUCUGCACCACGGUGGACGGGGAGCACGGCGUGUGGAGCGGGCCGCUGCCGCAGUGCGGAGAGGUGAAGUGUCCUCCCCCUCCAGGCAUCGCCAACGGGAAUCACAGCGGCCAGCCCUCGGACAGCCACCUCCCAGGCUCGGCUGUGCAGUACAGCUGCAGGGACGGCUACUCCCUCAUUGGGAACGCCUCCAUUAGCUGUACCGCCGAGGGAACGUGGAGCCGGCCCCGGCCCCGAUGUGAAGCAAACGGCUGCGAAAGACCAGAGAUUGAGAAUGGAAGAACAACACAGCUGGAGACCAUGUACAGACUCGCAGACGUCGUUGUCUUUGAAUGUGAUUUUGGUUACGCCUUGAAGGGCUCUCAAGAGUCUCAGUGCCAGUUUGGGGGCACGUGGGACCCUCCUAUCCCCAUCUGCGAAAAGAUGUUACGGUGUCCUUCCCCUCCAAACAUCAAAAAUGGCCAUCAUGAGAGCAAGGAUGUGAAAGUGUUCAUCCCUGGAACAUCAGUGAAGUACUACUGUGAGCCGGGCUACGUCCUCACUGGGAAAAUAACAGUUUCUUGUUUGACAUCUGGAACCUGGAGCAUCCCUUACCCGCGGUGUGAAGUGAUCACCUGCACAAGCCCCGACAUCCCGAAUGGAGAAGUGGCUGAAGGACAGAGCGCUGUGUACCAUCCCGGGGCCAACGUCACCUUCCAGUGCCACCCGGGCCACGCGCUGUGGGGCAGCCGUGAAGCCAAGUGCCAGCCUGACGGCCGCUGGGUGCCCGCUGUCCCCUCCUGCGAGCCAGCGCUGCCCUGUCCUCCCCCUCCCGUCAUCGCCAACGCCACGCACAGCGCGGAGCUCGGGGCGAACUUCACCAGCGGCAUGUCCGUGAGCUACAGCUGCCAGCCCGGCUUCUCCCUCCUUGGAGCCCCCUCUGUCUUGUGCACGGCCUCGGGGAACUGGAGCCUCCCGUACCCACGCUGCGCAGGUGGGGCUGGCUGCCACCGCAGCUCCCUGGGCACCCAUGGCCAGCCAAGCAUCCGUCCUGUGCCGGGCUGGUCCCGGGGCGGGCAAACCCGCCAGCCUUCAGAACUGCUGUGGGGAGCAGGGGAACGGCACGUCCAGCGACGCCCAGGGCUCAAAGCGUGCUUCCAGCAUGUGCAGGACGCUGUGUUCAUUUUGGGGGCUUUGUGCAUGUCCCCUUCCUGCAUGUUACCCUGUCCGUGCCCUUUUUUAAUUCUGUUUCGUCCUCUUUCUUUAGUGCUGCAAUGCCCUUCACCUCCAAGUAUUGACAAAGGAAAGCACAACAGCCAGGGCUCGGAGGUUUUCACUCCUGGGAUGGCCGUUAAUUACAGCUGUGACCCUGGCUACAGCCUCCUGGGAGAGGCAGCGAUAUACUGCACCGACUCUGGAAACUGGAGCCUCCCUCUUCCUCAGUGUGCAGGUGGCUGUGGUGCACCUCCAAACUUAACCUUUGCUGAGCUAACUAAAGAAUACAAAAAUCUGACAGAGUUUGCUGUUGGGGACACCGUGCGAUACAGCUGCCAGCCGGGAUACGUGAGACAGCCCGGAGCAUCCCCAGCUCUGACAUGCCUCAAAAACCACACGUGGUCUGAAGCGCUAGCGUUCUGUAAAAGGAAGCAAUGUAAAUAUCCAGAAACACCAAAGAACGGCAGAGUUGUUGUUCUGACAGAUCUCCUUUUUGGGUCAACUGUGAGCCACACGUGUGAAGAAGGACACCGACUGGUUGGACAGUCUCACAGGCGAUGUGAGAUUUUUGGGCCAGAUGUCGCAUGGAGUGGUGUUCUUCCCAUUUGUCAGAAGGUGGUAUGUCCAGUCCCACAGAUCCAGAAUGGGAAAGUAUCUGUUCUUAAAUAUCGCUACACAUACAAAGACACCGUAAGCUUUAAGUGCCAUAAAGGUUUCACCUUGCGAGGCCCUCACACAGCCCAGUGCCAAGCUGAUAAUUCAUGGGACCCACCCGUACCGGUGUGCGAGCGGGAUGGAGUGGCAGAACACUAUCAUCAUCCUGAUACCAAAUCAAAGCCAGGAGCGAAGUGUCUGCCUCCUCCAAGCAUUGCUAACGGGGAACGCAGCAGUCAUUUGUCAGACACUUUUGAUGUAGGAGCACGUGUGCGCUACCGCUGCAAACACGGCUUCUCCCUCAUUGGGAACAAGUCUGUUCAUUGUACAACGCAUGGAGUCUGGAGCCAUCCCCCUCCUCGGUGUGAAGCUGUGAAGUGUCUCCAUCCUCCAACAGUCACCAACGGGAAGCUCAAAGGCAACAUCUCUGACACUUUUUCCUAUGGAGCAUCUGUAUCCUACAGCUGCAAUCCAGGCUAUUCCCUCGUUGGGAAUGGUCUCAUCAACUGCACGGUGUCAGGAACCUGGAGCCAGCCUCCUCCUCGGUGCCAAGAGAUCAGAUGUGUAUUCCCAGAAGUUCAAGGUGUUAAGAAAGCCAUAAAAGGAAAUACUUAUCGCUCUGGGACUAAAAUCACUCUUGAAUGUGAUGAUGGUUACACGUUGGAAGGCAUCAGUCAGAUUCAGUGCCAAGAGGACUUCAACUGGGACCCUCCUGUACCAGCCUGUAAACUGACAUCACGCAAGUCUGGUUCAGUAGGCCUAGGAGUGGCAGCUGCAGGAGUCCUGCUUCUCCUGGGGGCAGGCAUUGUCUGGAAAAUUGUUUCUAAGCAGAAGCAAGGCUAUUAUCAUACAUAUGAAAACUACAGUUACCAAACCGCUCUGAACCAGAUCACAGAACAGAAAUGUUCAUGUCUUUCAUAGAAGGUAUGGAUUUAUAUUCCUUAACAUAAAACAUCGGUUAUAGCUGCAAACUGGAGUUGUUACAAUAUAGUCAUUCCAGUAGAAAAUUCUUUCCCCUCAAUCUUCUGGUAAGAUGCUUUCUUUUGCUGAAUAUAAGAGACUGUUUUAAACAUACUGGUGGUUUUUUUUUUUUUAAACAUACUAUUCUCCUUUCUGACACCACCCUCAGUGUGUGUGUUUCCUUUUCCAUAAUCUGAAUAGAUGACAUUCAUGGGUCAGAGAAAAGGAUGCCGAGCUGGGCCUUUAGGGUUUUUUGCUUGCUUUUACACUUACUGCAAUGCCAUUUUUACUUACAGUUGAAUCUACUUUCUAUGCUGAAUCUAUUGCAGAUAACAAUUAGUUUUCACUGCUAGCAGCACUCUGAACAUAAUCAGCUUUGACUACAAAAUGGCACUUGUAAACAUAAGCGCUUUUAUUUAUUUUUUUUUACAAAGCCUGAUUUGAGGUAAUCGUCCCUUUGAAACAAUGCAUUUCCCAGAAAUUCUCUCCUCCCUCCCUGCUUUAUGAUGUAAUCUAUAUAAAUCAAUGUGAAAACAGGAAAAGUCUAAUUUUAACGCCAGGAUGUCAUCUUUUUUCCUAGGCUGGGCACCCGUGAUGCCGCUAACUAAGCAUUCCACUCAUUCUCCCUACAGAGGGCGGCUGCAGGUUGCACAAAAGGGUUGCUCAGGUUGAGACUGAGAUUCUGUGGCGAAAAAGGCACGUUUCCUGUGGAAUCAACAUUAGUACUCCUUCUGCUCUCAAUAAUUAAUGUAAGGAUCUAACGAAGUUCAAACUGCACACAGAAUGGGUGCUGUUUCAGAAGGACUUCUAUAUACUGCUGCUGAUAAAGAACACUUCCUUUCUCUAUUUGCACACCCUGCGAUAAGCAAGAUCCAUGAAAGCAUUCCCACGCAUGUGUGGAAGUCACAAUUUGUUAAACCAAAGAUUGUCUUAAUAGCAACUGUAUUUACAACUGCAGCAGACGCUGCUCGGUAUUUUCCUCCAGGAGCACUUACUUGAGUGUUCCUCUACGAAUGCUUCGCCUAAUAAAAGCCGAACAUGGGACGAUAA